GGCAGGUGCCCAAGGCUGCCCGAAGCCCCCGGGUGUAAGCAUAAAUUGGCUGCCCCAAUCUGUCCGGGCAAAAUAUCUUUCCAGGUUACAGCUUCUCUUUUACGUAAGCGGCACCCACUUAUUUUUGGAUUUUCGGGAUUUAUCAGCGAUUUCACGACCGUAUGAGGGAGCAGCUGGAGGAAUUCAAACUUGUGCGAGGUAAAAUUUAUUGGAGCACCAGAGCUUCAAUUCGAGCCGCCCUCGAGCAAGAGUUGCGUGGAGGUUGUGUAUCCGAUCCAGUGUCAUAUGUACCAUAGGCUCUCCUCUCUGUGUGGAGAUAAAUAGGCAUUUUUAUUUAGAUACAUGAAUCUCAGAGAAUUACACAGCUGUUUUCAUGAUUCCAGAGAGAUCAGAACUCGCCGCAGAGAUGUUACACACCAGGAAUGAUGAAACAUACAUGCCAAAAAGGCAAAGGAUUGAUGAUGCACUGGAUCAGAAUAGUAGAAAGAAAAUGGAUGGAUUCAGCAAUGAUGAUGAUGAUUCUCCUAUUGUUUUUAAACGUAAUGUGACUUCAAAGCAAAAGCCAACAAAUUGCUCCCAAAAUAACACAUCUUCUGUUACAUCUCAAAGGCAUGGCCCAUUUACUUCGCCAGUUCCAAAAGAUUCUUUUCACGCAGUGUCAUCGCAUUCAGUUCAGAAGGCUGCUGUAAAUUCUAACAAAGCUCCUGUUUCAAGGUCAUCACCUUCACAGCCUUCCAAUUCCAGUUCUGCAAGCUUAACUGCUUCUGCAUCAAAGUCACCCCCAUUCAAGCAUGUUUCAUAUUCUGCAAACAAACAUGCUAAUUCUGAUCAGAGACCAAGACAGAAGGUUCCAAAUGAUACUGAAACCAAGUCACUGAAGGACUCUUUUUUUGGAUCUGAAGACGACUCUGAAGAUGACAAGCCUUUGAGUCGCAGGAUUCCUGUAUCUUCAAGAGGAGAUACUUUAAACAAAAACAUCAGUUCUCAUCCAGCAAGCAAUAAUGUACAAUCAAAAGAGCCUGUAAGAACACAAUAUAUCAAGCCAGAGAAUGAUUCAGAUGAUGAUAAGCCUUUGUCUCACAAGUUUCAGGUGAAGCAGCCAGUAAAAACACUUGGUACUUCACCCAUGGACAGUGAAGAUUCAGAAGAUGAAAAACCGUUAGCAUUAAGAUGCCAGCCAAAUGGAUUGAUUAAGAAAGACAUCAAUGGGAGAACACAGGGAGCAAAGUCCGACAUGUGUUCCAAAAAAAGACCAUUGGAUUACCAGGAAGGUAGCAGCCAAAAAUUGUCAGAUUCCAAAAAGCCUAAAAUACUGGGAGCAUCAACUCAGACCAAAGUGAAAUCAGAGUUAAAUGUUAAGAAAGAGUCACAUAAAUACAGUGACGAUGAAGAUGAUAUUCCUAUUGCUCAGCGUAUGAAAAAGGAGCCAGAAGAGUACAGUGACGAAGAUGAUAUUCCUAUCGCUCAGCGUAUGAAAAAGGUGCCAGAUGAAGACAGUGAUGAAGAUGAUAUUCCUAUUGCUCAGCGCAUGAAAAAUGCUUCAUUGCCGAGGAAUCCUUUGCCAAAUUCACUUCUCCCGACAAAUAAGGUUGUUAAGGAUGAGAAGGUGUUCAAGGUAAAGGAAGAGAAGAAGGUCAAGAUAAAGGAUGGGAAGAAGUUCAAGAUCAAGGCCAAAGAGAAAAAGAAAAUAACAAGCAGUUCAAGAAAUUCUAAAGGUGGAAAAUUGCCUCCUGGGUCUGGUGAAGGUCAGAAGUGGACAACUCUGGAGCACAAUGGAGUAAUUUUCCCUCCGCCUUAUAAGCCACAUGGGGUUAAAAUGCUUUACAAUGGGAAGCCAGUUGAUCUUUCUCCUGAGGAAGAGGAGGUUGCCACUAUGUUUGCUGUCAUGAAAGACACAGAUUAUGCUACAAAGCCAAAAUUCCUAGAGAACUUUUGGAGUGAUUGGAAGCAAAUUCUGGGGAAGAAACAUGUCAUCCAAAAGUUUGAACUUUGUGAUUUUACCCCAAUUUAUGAAUGGCAUCUCGGUGAAAAAGAAAAGAAGAAACUGAUGACCACAGAGGAAAAGAAGCAAUUAAAAGAAGAAAAACUAAAACAAGAGGAAAAAUACAUGUGGGCUGUUGUCGAUGGAGUGAAAGAGAAGGUUGGCAACUUCAGAGUUGAACCCCCUGGGUUGUUCCGUGGCCGGGGAGAGCAUCCAAAGAUGGGUAAAUUGAAGACGCGCAUCAACCCAGAGGAUAUUACUAUUAACAUUGGGAAGAAUGCUUCCAUUCCAGAAUGUCCUAUUCCAGGCCACAGGUGGAAGGAGGUCAGGCAUGACAACACUGUCACAUGGCUGGCUUUUUGGAAUGACCCAAUUAAUCCCAAGGAAUUUAAGUAUGUAUUUUUAGCUGCCAGUAGUUCUCUAAAAGGUCAGAGUGACAGGGAGAAGUAUGAGAAGGCAAGAAUGCUUAAGGAUUACAUAGAUAAUAUUCGAGACACAUACACAAAACAUUUCAAAUCACAAGAUAGAACUAAGAGACAAAUUGCAGUUGCCACUUAUCUUAUUGAUAGGCUUGCUCUGAGGGCUGGCAAUGAGAAGGAUGAUGAUGAGGCUGACACAGUGGGUUGUUGUACACUGAAAGUGGAAAAUGUGAAAUUACUUCCUCCAAAGUCGCUCCAGUUUGACUUUCUAGGUAAAGAUUCUAUCCGAUACUUCAAUACGGUUGAGGUUGAUGAACGGGUCUACAUUGCUAUUGAUCAUUUUAAAAAAGGUAAAAAGGAUGGAGAUGAUUUAUUUGAUAAGCUGGAUACAAGUAAACUGAAUGCUCAUCUCAAGGAAAUAAUGCCCGGCCUCACAGCAAAAGUCUUCAGAACAUAUAAUGCCUCCAUCACAUUGGACAGACUGCUUCAAGACACAACUGGCAGUGUUUCACCAGAAAAGAUUGCUGACUAUCAGCGAGCAAACAAAGAGGUUGCAAUUCUCUGUAACCAUCAGCGCUCUGUGUCAAAGUCACACAGUGCUCAAAUGGAUAAAUUAUCAGGAAAAAUGACAGAACUUGAGGAUCUUUUAAAGGAGCUUGAAAUAGAUUGGAGCAGGGCAAAAAAAGGGAAACCACCACUAAAUGAUGCAGAAGGGAAGCCAAAGAGAAACUUGAGUCCUGAAGUGUUGGAGAAGAAGAUUGAACAGACCAAGGUUAAAAUAGGUAAAAUGGAGCUAAACAUGAGAAUAAAGGAUGAUCUCAAGACUGUGGCAUUGGGAACGUCUAAGAUAAAUUACUUGGACCCAAGAAUCUCAGUUGCCUGGUGCAAGCGCCAUGAGGUUCCCAUUGAGAAGAUAUUCAAUAAAUCUCUUCUGGCCAAAUUUUCAUGGGCAAUGGACGUAGAGCCAGACUACAGAUUUUGAUGUUUCCUUUGAUUUGCAGUCUUGUUAAGUGCCUAAAGGUGCAGUUUGUAUGACAUCUUUAAUGAGAUCAAACAAAAUAUACCCACGUGGUUUAUUCUCUCUUUUUUAAGGAUGGUGUAAAAUGAUUUUCUUGAGUCUUGUAGCUUUUAUCUACAUGGCUUGAGCCCAUGUGAACUGUUGGGACUCAACAGCCCCAUCCUUUCCUAAAGCUAUGUAAUUCUUUCCCUCCAAGAGGGAAGUACAUGAUCUAUAUAUUUACUGCUUCAGAUGCCACUGUUCUA